AUGGCUGCCUUUGUUGUGUUAACCGCGAUGAUGUUCUGGCUGCUGAUUCUGUUCUGCCUCUGCUCUGUGGACUGCCUCAAGUGCCGCUCCCAGGAGGGACACGGCGAGCAGGAGCUCAAAAGGGUUGUGCGCAGCUGCAUGCACCGCAGUGGCAGCAACAGCAAUGGGAACGGGAAUGGGAAUGGCAAUGGACAGGACGACAGCGAGGACAACAAUCGAGGCUAUGGGCGGCAGGUGCAUCGCUAUGACUAUGGCCAGGAGCAGGAUGGCCGCUCGAGCAACGGCUACAGAUGGCAGCGCAGCUUGAAGCAGUCAGAGAACAGAAACAGCUCCGAGGGCGAGGGCGGGCAGUGUGUGGCGCAGUGCUUCUUCGAGGAGAUGAAUAUGGCCGACUCCAAUGGCCUGCCCGAUCGUCGCAAAGUCAGCUACAUGCUGACCAAGGAUCUGCGGGAUCGGGAGCUGCGCAACUUCUUCAUGGACACGGUGCAGCAGUGUUUCCGCUACCUGGAGAACGGACGCAGCAGCCGGAGCAGCAGCAACAAGUGCGCGCAGGCCAGGGAUCUGGUCAAGUGCAUGUCGGAGUACGCCAAGGCGCAGUGCGAUGACUGGGAGGAGUACGGCAGUUUGCUCUUCAACUAGGACAACUUACGCCGCUCUUGAGAUCCUCACAGCGCGCCAGGAAACGCUCGUGAUUGUCCUUGAUCUCCCGAUCGGUUGUCUCCUCCACCUGAUAGAACACGCACUCCAGUUCCUGCUGCUUCUGCUCGUGCAUGGCCCGAAAGCCGGCGGAGUCCAGCUCCCACUCACCCAGCACCGCCUGCUUGUCCUCCUCGUAGAUGCUUCUAAAGAACUCCAGCCGACUGCGGUGGAUGCCUAGAAUAGACUUAGGGUUUUGGCUAUCUAUUACGAAAUAUAUUAAACGAGUCUCACCAAUGA